AUGUCUGAGCUCCAUGCCGACGCACCUCGACUGACAUAUCGGUCGCUCCCGAUACUGGUCAGCUACAUCACUCUCGCCGCGGCCCUGGCCCUCAAUGCCUGCCGAGCUAUCCACAAGCGAUACCAAGCAAGAGAGAAGGCAAAUGACUGGGCAUCACCCGCAAGGCGCGCACACUUCUUCAUUUUCGCGGUUCUGGCGAUCCUGAGUCUCGGCGCAACGUGGUUUUACAUGUUUGCAUUCUUCGCACAUUCAUACCGCAAUUGGGAAGAGACCCGCGGCGUUUCUGAUUUACAAGGAGCCGAGGUCUCCAUUCUGUUCAAAUUGGAACUAUGGCUGCAGAACGCGAAGUUGUUUCGAGAGGCCUGGGAAACUGUCAUCGAGACCCCUGCGCGAUUCUGGUGGAGUGGCCAGAUCUUCCUGUGGACAACAGGGUGGAGUGUUUUUCUGGGUAUCAUGGCUCGGAGAUAUCGUAUCUCGCAUGCGUGGGCCUACAUGCUUCUGGGCCAGAUUGUUGCCAUCUCAUUCGCCCAGAACUUGUUUUUCGCGACCAUUCUUGUCUCUAAGGAACCAACUCCAGCGAAACAAGACGAAGAAAAGGAGCCUAGUGAGGGUUUUUCGUGGUCGCCGCCCUUGUACAGUGAAAUCUUGCCUGUGGCCAUCUCUCUACUGAGCACGGUGGCAGUCCCAAUGGUCGCACAUACCAAAUACUUUAUGGCCACUUUGCUCAUUCCACAUCUCCUGCUUUUUGUCCCUGCAAUCCUUCGUCCCAGUCGCUCAGAAAAGAACCGAGUCGCUACCAAGACUCGCAGCAGAGCCCAAGAUGCGGAUAACACCACUCGGCGAUAUAUUGUCUUCUUCCAGUUGCUCGCCGCAAUUUGUGUUCUUUUGCAAGCCCACUCCACGCUUCAGGUUUUGGAGCACGCGGAAGCGGGGGAAUAUCGAACGUUGACCCGGGUUUUAUUUGCCGCAAUAUACGAGCAUCCGGCCGUGAGUAGCGUCAGCUGGGAUGUGAUCUUUUGCACGGUAACAGCAAUGGCUUGGUUCUCUGUGAACGGAGGCGACCCAAAGCGCAUGCUGGGUAAAUAA